AUGAUGAUGAUGUCAGAACUUCCAGGGGAAAUGGUAGAAGAGAUACUCUGUCGCGUUCCAGCUACAUCUUUGAAACGGUUGAGAUCUACCUGCAAACUAUGGAACCGAUUGUUCAGAGACAGGAUAUUCACAAGAAAGCACUUCGAUAAAGCCCCCAAGCAAUCUAUGAUGCUCAGGUUAUUUGAUUCCCCGGUACAUUUGAUGAGCAUCAAUCUCCGUAAUCUUCCACGUGUGGAAGUCACAUGUAGAUUUAGCCUUUUAUAUCAAAACCAAAUUUGUCGACUAUUUCACUGCGACGGCUUAUUGUUAUGCGUACUCCUGUGCAAAGCUAGGCUCGUGGUAUGGAACCCUUGUACUGGUCAAACCAGGUUGAUCAGUUGGAACGAGGAAUACACCGCAGUUACUCUCGGAUCCUACCAAGCCAAAAAAUCACCCAACGAUAAUAGCUACAAAAUAUUGGGCUACAAUGGUAAAGGUGACCGAUUCGGAAUAUAUGAUAUUAACUCUAAUUUAUGGAGGAUUCUUGAUGUCAUUUUGGACUUCGAAGUAGUGUCAAUUUAUCGGGGUGUGUCUUUGGAGGGAAAGACUUACUGGAUCGCAAGAGAUCAAAAAGACUUGGUCAGUUUUGAUUAUACAACAGAAAGAUUUGAACGUCUAUGUCUUCCGCGUCAGUAUCCUAGCUAUGAGAAACUGUCACUAUCCGUUGUUAGAGAAGAAAAACUGGCUGUGUUGUUACAACACCAUCGUGCAGAGAAGACAGAAAUCUGGGUGACGAGUAAAAUUAGCGAGGGGAAAGUUGUGUCGUGGAGCAAGGUCUUAACAGUUGAUUUGAAGCCUGGAGUUCGUCAUUGGGAAUGCGGAAGUUUCUUGGUUGAUGAAAAGAAGAAAGUCCUCGUUUUUUGUGAUAUCUUGGAAAGGUUAUCUAGUGUUGGAGAGGACAAUAUUGUCAGAAAUACGUAUUUAGGAGCAGGUUCAGGUCUUCAAUUUUUGUUUAAUUAUGUUCCAAGUUUGACUCAAAUCGAGAAAAGAAAGCAUCAGAGGCAAAUCGAAGAAAAAGAAAGUAUCGGAGACAAAAGAAAAAGAGGCGAAUGA